UCGUAAAAAAGUUCACAUCCGGGCUCUCUAGGCGUUCAGUCGCCAUUGUUGUUGAGUUUCAAAACAAAUAUUCAGCGAUCAUUUGAUCGCAUUAGCGUCAUACAGCGCUAAAUAAAUUAUAGGGGCUCGCUGAGACCCCUUGUGUUUCAUUUAAUCUUAAUUCCAUAAUCCCUAUCUGUUGAAGUAUUUUUUUAAGAAAAUAUAUUUCAAAUUUAUUUUGUCAACAUGGAGCAAUAAAAAUGGAGUCCAAGAUUAGAUCUGCAAAAAAUAUUGUGGCCGCGUGGUCCUGUUAUUCAAAAUAUUUGGUAGUUGAUGUCAGAGGAAGAGAGGAUGGAAAAGAGAGGAAAUCCCCGUCAGUCUUUGCUUGUUAAGCAGAAUGGUUCAGAGUCAAAGAAAGACAUUGCAAACAAAGUUCAAGGUAGGAACAGAAAAAAUGGCAAUUCUGCAGGAGGGAACUUUUCAUACAAUGAAGGCCCAGCCCGCAAGCCCACACCUCAAAAAGCAGGAUAUGAUAAAAGGCCUAGGCCUAGGGGAGAGUACUCUGCUGGAACCAGGGGUCACCUAGAAGAGUUAGAUCUAGGAGCCGAGUAUGGUGCUGCAAUUCACACAGGAUCCAAAAAGGGCAAUCUGAACCAUUUGCUGAAUUUUACGUAUGGGCAUGACACCCCAAGUAAUGCUCAGUCUGGAUAUUCCCAGAGGAGAAUGGGUUGUAGUGGGCGUAACAGAGGAUCUUACCAGCGAUCGACCAAAGUCUACUACAACAAAGAGCAAUUUCUUCAGGCAAACUGCCAGUUUGUGGUCAAGGAGCAAGGGGACUACUCAGUGAACUUGAUGAACCCAGAUUCUCUGGUUAGUUGGGAAGCUGUGGAGCAAGUGCGUGUGAUAUCAAGCGAGGAUCCUUGCUGUCCAAUCUGUCUCCAGCACCCUACAGCCGCAAAGAUGACCCGAUGUGGACAUAUUUACUGUUGGUCAUGCAUUCUACAUUACCUAGCCUUGGGAGAAAAGACCUGGAGAAAAUGCCCCAUUUGUUACGAAGCUGUCCAUGGCGAUGACUUGAAGAGUGUCUCGAGUCGUAAAGUGUCUGAGUACAAGAUUGGGGAUGUAAUCACCCUUACAUUGAUGAAGAAAGAAAAGGGCAGCAUUUAUGCUGUGCCAGCCAAUUGCUGGAAGAAGCAGGUUGGCAAAUGCCACAACAUUCAAGAGCCAGCUGUGAUGACCCAGCACUGCAAACUUCUGACGGCAUCAACCGACCAAGUGCUUGAACUUCUGGCUGCAGAGAGGCAGGAACUGCAUAUGCAGAUGGCAGAAGCUGAGAGCUCAGAAGAGCCAUUUAUAAAGGGAGCCCAGGAUCAGCUGAAGUCUCGAGAACUGAGGCUGCAAGGGUUACAGGAGGUGGAACAUGCACUGCCCACUCCUGCCAGUGUCCCAGAGAGGUCACCUGUGGUGGACCCAGAGCCCACCACUGUGCCCACUGUAAAACCUCUCCCUGCUACCAGGAAAAUGAAGCAGUACAAGUCUGCAUUCUCUGAUGAAGAAGAGGAGGGUGUAAAUGAUGUGAAAGUGGAAGAUGAGACCGCCAUUGCCACUGGUGCUGACCACACUCUAACUAGCAUUACUUCUGAGGACAGUAAUGCAGUUGCCCCUGAAAGACAAGGCAGGCCUGUUUCUGUUGAAAGUGAUGUGACAGAGUCUGAAGUUGAAGCCAUAACCAGUUCCACUGAUGCACCUGGCUCACCGACAGGGCCAGACCAACAGGCAUUUGAAAUGAUGGCUAAUUUUAUGCCAGUAGAAGAGGCAGCAGAACACCUGGAAUUGCCUACCCAGUCCACUCAGAAGCAGAGGUAUAGGUCUGGGGAACAAGCCUUCUACUUCUACCAAGCUGAAGAUGGCCAGCACAUAUACCUUCAUUCUCUAAACGCGCGAUGCCUUGUGCGUGAGUAUGGCAGUCUGGAGCACUGUCCUCAGACCAUUAGCGGCAAGAUAGUGGAGAAAGAAAGCGUAUUUGUUACAGAUGAACUGAGGAAGAGACUUCGCUAUUUGAGUCAUCUCCCACUAACAUGUGGGUUUGAAGUUGCUGAAUUAGCACUGGCACCACCCAUUGUCAGCAAGGAGACCCUGAAAUCAUUUCAAGAGGAGAUAGAAAAGCGACGCCUUACAAGACAGAGACGAGCUCGGGAAGAUAGGAAAAGGUCAAAAUUCAUUGAGGAGCAGGAGAGAAAGAAACUGGGACUAUGCAUAGGGACAAUAGUACGAAGUCAGUUCCACACACAGACAACUGUUCAGGAAGGCAGGAGUGAUACAAGCUCACCAUUUUUAGAUACACCUGCCAGCAGCCCAUCUGUGGGCAGUGUGGAAGAGUUUCCAGCUGGCAUGAGUCCAGGGGAUGACGGGCAGACUGCCGCAGUCUCUUUUGCACAGAUGUUAAAGUCGGGUGCAAAGUCUGCCACGUCUUGGCCCAAGGUCAGGGUGGGAGCUGAGAAGUCCCCUGCUUUCCUCAAGUCCAAGAGCCAAGGAAGUGAUGAUAGUGAUAAUGAGGACAAGGUUCCUGUGCCAGAGUUCAGUAGCUCCUUUGGAAGUGCCCUGGAAGCUGCAUUUCAAACUAUUAGCUCCAAGAAAGAGAGCGGCGAGAAACCAGGAGGAAGUGGGGGCAGUGGCAAGAAGAAAAAGAAACAGAUGGUCCUCUUCUCAACAUCUAUGGCAAGAAAAUAGGGACUAUGCGUACACACUAUUCAGCAUAAUCUAGCUUUAACCUUGUAAAUGUUAGGGUAGAAUGAAAAACUGGUGUGACUGUUGAAUAUUUCUGUAAUCACUUAAAUCAGAUACGUUAGUUUCUGGCUUAAUCCUAGUCUUUUAGCUAUAUAUCUAACAUGCUGCAGGUCUAGCAGAUUUAUGUUAUCUUUCACAAUUACAAUUGCUGGGAAUAAACUUUAGUUUUCUGUAUUAAAUGAACCUUGCACUAUUAAAAAGUGGAAUAAUGCAGUGCAUUUUUGCUGUUUAUAAUUUUAUUUAGAAAUAAUGCACAAAUAUUUGCUUUCCUUAUGUGGUGCAUAUUUUAAAUUAUGAUGUAAAUGCCUUAGAUAGUAUUUCUCAUUCUGAUAGGAUAACUUGUGAAGAUCUUAAUUACUUUUGGAUUGUUUACAUCAUGUAAUAAAACGAAUUUUUCUGUAACCCAUCAUAGAAUAUUCAAAUAUUUAUAAAGUAGGGUGCAAUUUACCUGUAUCUCCUUAAUAUGUUUAAGUUAUUAAAGUCGUUUUGCUGCUGUUUUUGUUACGCAUCUACACAUAAUAAUGAAUGAUGUGUGUUAGUGGAGUUAACCAAGUUGGAGCUGGUAAGUUCAAAGUUACUAGUAUGUAGUUUGCUGAAGUGUUAACAGGAUAGAGUGGGGUCAUCUGACAUUGACCUCUCUUGCGAUGCUUGUUGCGUGCAGUUCUCUUCAUAUUUGUGCAUAUGAAAUGGACCAGCAUAGAAAAGUUUAAGAAAACGUACAUGUUAUUCUUAAGUUAUGCAAAUACAUGUUUUAGAUCGUUUUUAGCUCUUCUGGCCAUAGGCCAGAAGAGCUUAUGGGAUGGCAUGGUUUCUGUCUGUCUGUGUGUGCAUUAGACUUUCUCUUGUUUAUCCGAUAAAGUCCACAUUUUUCAUCCGAUUUUUUUCAAACUUGUCCAGUGUGUUGAUAUUAAUGAGGACUCAAACCCUAUUGAAAAUGGGUUUUAUCAGAGUAAAAACUCCAGAAUUAUCUCCACUUGAAUUUGAGAAAAUUGUGAAAUAAGGCUUGUUUACGCAAAUUACGCAGUUUUCAUCCAAUCAUUUCCCGACUUUAACAGUGUCUUUAUCUGAAUGAUGAGUCAAACCCUUUUGAAAAUGAGCAAUAUUGGAGUUAUAAGUCCAGAAUUAUCUCCCCUUAAAUUUGAUAAAAAAAAUGAAAAUCUUUAACAUUUUGCCAUAACUUUUGCAAUAUUGAAGAUAGCAACUUCAUAUUUGGCAUGCAUGAGUUUCUCAUGGAGCUGCACAUUUUGAGUGGUGAAAGGUCAAGGUCAUCCUUCAAGGUCAAAGGUCAAAAAAAUAUCAAAGCGGCGCAGAAGGGGACAUAGUGUUUCCGACAAACACAUUUCUUGUUUGUUUAAAUAUAAAGUUCUAUCCUUUUGAAACUUCAACGGAUGUUUUAUAUCAUCAAGGGCCAGAACCCCACUGAGAGUGAAGAAAAUUUGUCCAACUUAUUGUUGAAAAGGAGCCAUUUGAAGUUUAAAUUUUACGUUUCUUCUUGUUAAUGCGAUGAAUUUCCCAUGUUGGGUCUGUUUGUUUAAAACUUACUCAGAUUGUUUAUACUAUCAAGGGCUUGAGCCCUAUUGAUUCCAGCCAGUCGAGCGAUUCAGGCCCUCAUGGGCCUCUUGUUAUUCUGAAUUUAUUGUAAAUGCCUUGCUUGUAUAUGAAUUAAUAUUGUUAUUUUGUUGUUUAUACCCGAUGUGUACCGUAUUGCCACAAUGUAAUUAUAAAGCGCAAAAACAAUG